AUGGCCAUCAAACCCUACCUGGGCUUCCGGGGUAAUGCCCUUCUCCGAGCGGCCGUCAUGCUGGUCGUGUGUCCGACCUUCACCUGUUAUGGCUACAAUAUGAGCGUCGCUGGGGGACUAUUGACCCUCAAUUCCUUCAAUACACAAUUCCCACAAAUGGACACGAUUCAUAGCACCAAGGCCAACCAGCUGGAACGAUCGCAAAUCCAAGGGACCGUUAUUGCGCUUUACACUGUCGGAGGUAUUUUUGGUGCUCUAUCAUGCAUCUACCUGGGCGAUCUCUUGGGGCGCCGAAAGGUUAUUUUCUUCACUAAUUUGGUGGCGAUCAUUGGCGCCGUGCUCAUGGCCACAUCCUUCGAUUUCGCCCAAUUUAUCGUAGCGCGACUGGUUCUUGGUCUAGGCACCGGAGGUUACGUUGCGACCGUGCCCAUCUGGCAGGCCGAAAUCUCUCCAUCACACAAGCGCGGGUCAAAUGUUGUGACUGACGGCAUUUUUGUCGGAGUCGGCGUCACCCUCGCCCUGUGGGUUGACCUUGGAUUCUACUUUGUGAAAGACAAUUCGGUUUCCUGGAGGUUCCCUCUAGUCUUCCAAGUGGUCCUGUCGCUUACUGCGAUGGUCUUUGUUGCAGUCCUCCCCGAAUCUCCGCGUUGGCUCCUCAAGCACGGUCGGCAGGAAGAAACCCGGGAGGUCCUAGCGGCACUAUUAGACGUUGAAUCUGAUUCGGAUGUGAUCAAUGUUAGCAUUCAGGAUAUGGAAGCCUCUCUCGCCAAAGCUGGAUCGGGCUCCUGGCGCGACAUGUUUACAAUGGGCGAGCAGCGACUCUUUCACCGCGCAUACCUUGCCGCCACCGGUCAGAUGUUCCAGCAAAUGUGCGGCGUGAAUCUGAUCACCUACUAUGCGACUACUAUCUUCCAGAAGUACCUAGGCCUUGACCCGGUCAAGGCGCGCAUCCUGGCCGCUGCAAUGGGGCUGAUGCAGCCCUUUGGUGGCUUUCUGGCCUUCUACACGAUCGACCGUCUCGGUCGUCGCCCUCUCAUGCUGUGGAGCGCUGGAGCAAUGGCUAUCUGUAUGGCUAUUCUUGCCGGCACAACUUCCCAGCACAACAACACAGGUGCUUUAGUUGUGGCUGUGAUCUUCCUUUACAUCUUCCAGUUUAUCUUUACUGUCGGCUAUUCGGGCCUCACCUUCCUCUACGCAGCUGAGAUGGCUCCCUUGCAAAUUCGCGCUGCCGUGAGCGCCGUGUCCACAGCUACCGUAUGGACAUUUAACUUCCUACUAGCGCAAAUCACGCCGGUAGGAUUCUCCACCAUCGAGAACCGUUACUAUAUUAUUUUCGCCGUCAUCAACGCUGCCAUCGUGCCGUCUGUAUAUUUCUUCUUCCCUGAGACUAAGGGCCGCUCGUUGGAGGAAAUUGAUGAAAUCUUCGCCCAAUCGAAAAGCAUCUUCGAUCCUCCUCGUGUGGCACGCGCUAUGCUUAGGGUCGAAGGCCAGGCGCAGUUUGAGCGCGGCGUGGACACUACAUCCACCGACGAGCCUGUCGAGAAGGCAAAGGCAUAG